AUGGCUAAUCUCCCUGGGAUCAUCCCUUCUUCUGCCGAGUACCGAAAGUUGGAGGUCAUGUAUGGCUUAUCCUUCUUAGAAGGUGUGGAAUUUCCCUCUGCUGGCUCUAGCAUCUCUUCUCCCCCUGGAAAAAUUGUGGUUUUCCUAAAAACCCUAGAUGUUGGCAUACGAUUGCCUCUAACAGAUUUCCAAGAGGAGGUUCUUCAGAAGGACGGCUGUAGUCUUCAGAUGUUGACCCCUAAUGUUGUUAACAAAGUGGUUGCCUUCGAGAUGAUCUGUAGGGCCAAUGGGGCGACUGAACAGCCCGUUAUUCCCGAUUUGUCUUCCGUUCCUUCUCUAACUAUUUUGUGUGCUCCAUCCAAGCUUUUCUCGGCGAAGGAAUUCGACCCUCUUGGGUCGGUUAUGGCUUCCAAUGACAGUGGACCUGGUGAGGGCACUCGUGAGGAUGCUGCGAGUCGUGAAAUGGUGCUUGUGAAUGACAUUGGUGUGGGAGGAAAUGGUAAGGAUUGUGGUGCUAGUGGUGAUGGUCGGGUAGGUGCUGGAGGUGGCGGUGUUGAUGAGGUGGCAGAUGAUAGGGAAGUUUCUGAUGGGUUGGCUGGGAAAGCGAUUGCGGAUGAUGUUGUGGUUGGUGAUAAGUUUGCUGGUGAUGGUUCGAAGCCGUAA